GGAGUUUGUGAAGCCAACGGCAGCAUCAUGUUCUACGGUUCUUCCUCCGGGGCCAGUAUGUCCCUGCCAUCCAAGAGCCGCCUGAAACGCCAGAGCAGGACCUUCACACAGGUCCUGUACCGUACUCUGAGUUACAGAGACCGUGUCCCAGUAGAAACUGGAACAAACACUCGUGGGGACCGGCGCUCGACGACUGAACCCCCAGAGCGACCGGCGGACGAUCCAGCCGAGCUCUCCACACAGAGCUCGGCCCCUGGGGUCCUGAAGAUUUUUGGAGAUGAGAUUUGUGCCGGUGCCAACUACAAAAGCGUCCUGGCCACGCCUCGCUCCAGCGCGCAGGAACUGGUCAAAGAGGCGCUCGAGCGUUACUCGCUCAACAAGAAUGCUGCCCACUCUUACGUCCUGUGCGACGUGAUCGGGCGUUUGGAGGGGGGAGGCGGGAUAGGCGGAGGGGGCUGGAGAACCGAAUGCUUGCGAGCACUGGGGGACAACGAAAAGCCGCUGUUACUCCAAGAGCUGUGGAAACCCAGAGAAGGACACGCUCGCAGAUUUGAGCUGCGCAGGAGAGCAGAAGUGGAGGAACUUAAUGCCAAGGAGAAGGAUACCAUCACUGCAGGGCCCAAAGCCUCCCAAUUCCUGGCGGCUCUAAUGGGUCGGUCUGGGCUGGGCAAACACAGGAGCUCCCCCCUGCGGUGUGGUCGAGUGGUACAGUCCAGCUCUAAAGAUAUUAAUGCUCAGGCUCGUAAGCUCCAGAGGAACAGGGCGAAGGGGACACUGACCCUGCCCCGGUCCAGCAACUCAUCCUUCUGCCGCAGCCUCAGCGAAACGAGCCUCAACCAGCUGGGAGUGGGAGACGAGCCCAAGCGUUAUUACUCCACUUUGCCAGGGCCCUUAAGGGGUCGAGAACGUGAGGCGGCCUCCAGCGGCCGGAGGAAAGAGGAGGGGAGUCAGGGAGGUGGAGGGGUGAGGCACUCGCUUUACCAGUCCCCGCACCUCCUGCUGCUGCAGGGAUACAAUCGGCAGGACUGUUUGGUGUACCUGUUGAACAGAGAGCAGCACACGGUCGGUCAGGAGACUCCAUCAGCUCGCCCCAACAUCUGCCUCUUCUCUCCCGACAUCCUGCCCCUCCACUGCCGCCUGCGCCGAGUCCCCGCUCCCCGUCGUCAUGCCAACAACAACAACAAGGGAGAAGAGGCGGAGAGUCAGCGGUUCUGUGUCGCCGUUGAGCCGGUGCUCCAUGCCACAGUUCUAGUGAACUUUUCUCGCUGCGAGCGCUCCACCACCCUGCGACACGGUGACCUCCUCUCCUUCGGAGCGCAUUACAUCUUCCUGUACAAGGACCCCACGGGCGCUAAGCCUUUGCCAGCUCAGACCUUGGCACGCCUUCGCUCCCUGGGGCAGCUUUACGAUGCAGGGGUGGAGGAGGGAGAGGGCGGGCCUCAGACAUGUAAGAUGUGUGGUUCUGUGCUGAAGGACAGAGCAGCGCAGGUGUCAAGUGUCCCGGCAGCUAGACGCAGCUUCAAACCUCACCUGGUAAAACCCCGCAGCGGUGUGACGGCAACGGCAGGGCCCCUUAGUUUGUCAGGAGGGGACGCUGGCGGAGGAGGAGGAGGAGGAGGAGGAGGAAGAGUGGGAGGAGGUCAGAAAAGAAGGCUACAGCUGGAGUUUGACCAGGCUCAUGAAGACCAGCUGUUGAACAGGAUUGUGUCUCUCAUAGAACCUGGAGGUGAUGACCAUAAGCUGACACCUGCCUACCUGCUGUGUCUCUGCAUACAACACUCUGCCUCGAGCUUCCCACCUGGGAGUUUUGGAAAACUGCUGCUCAAGAUUGUCAGACGAAUCCAGACCAUCGCAUGGGAGAAGACAAAGGAGUUGGCUCAGAAGCAAGCUCAGCACCAGGACCCGGCCUCCCUGUCUCUGCUCAGUAUCUCAGACUUGAUUCCAGACCUGCAGACUAUCUUCUUCUGGAUGUCCAACUCCAUUGAGAUCCUCUACUUCAUACAGCAGAGAGCACCAGCGUACACACACAGCAUAGAGACAAUGCAAGGGUCAAAGGAGUCGUUGCUAUCGGCGACCAUAUCAGCCAAUGAAGAGGCAAUGACUAUCUUGGAAGAAGUGAUCAUGUACACUUUCCAGCAAUGUGUCUACUAUAUCACCAAGGCCCUUUAUGUAGUGUUACCAGGUUUGUUAGACUGUAAUCCAUUCCCAGUUGACAGCUCUGAGCCCUGCUGGAAAGGAGGUGUAGGGUUUCCUGAACCUGUACGCAGGGUCCUGCAGGUGUUUCAGAACGCCCAGGAGCUUUUGCAGGGCUACCAGGUCCACCCGGAGAUCCAGGCUCAGAUGUUUGCUUACCUCUUCUUCUUCUCCAACGUGUCACUUUUUAACCAGCUAAUGGACAAAGGUCCGUCUCGGGGUUGGUUCCAGCGCUCCAAGGUGUUGCAGAUCCAGGCAUGUUUGCGGAUGGUCAUGGAGUGGGCGAGCAGGUCCGGUCUUGGACAUCUGGCCGACAAAUUCUUCACCAAGCUCAACAGCACUGUGUCCAUACUGGCCACGCCCCCACAACAGCUCACACAGUUGAGUUGGCGAGCUUUGUCGAGCGAGCACCCAACUCUGAAACCUGUCCAGCUGCACAGGAUUCUCACCCAGUACCAGCUCACAGCAGAGAUAGGCCCUGUCCCAACAUGGCAACCCAGCAGUGAGGAUGAGGCGUAUAUAUACAGAACAGUGGACCUCCUGGAGAGCUUUGAGAACCACCCUCCCAUUGUGCUGCCCAGCGCCGGCUUCAGAGUGGACCUGGACGGCGAGUGCGUGGAAGACAGCAUCUACAGACAGCUGCUCUACAUCCGCCACUACCUGUGGGGGCUGCGCACCAAGACGCAAACACACGCCAACACUCCCAGCGUGCACACACACUCCAACGGAACCAACACAGCGGACUGGCCUGACGUUCAGAGGGAGUUGUUGCCUCCGGCCCACAGCAGCCCCCGCUCUGGGGGUCCUGGGGAUGAGGUGACGGCAGAGACAGGAGAGGAGAGAGGACGGGACAGACCGUCAGGCCAAUCACACACACACAGCCUCAGAAGGAACGGCACCAUCCACCACCCUCGAGCAGCAAAUCCAGACCCGUCCUGCCUCUUGACCCCUCCCAACACCCCGCUGUACCCGGAGGGAGGUGGAGGAGGUGGAGGAGGAGGAGGAGGAGGAGGAGGGACGAUCAUAGGCCCCAACACCCAGACUAAUGGCUGCAGCAGCAGAACUGUGGCAGAAUGUAAAAAGACCAACGGACUCAUCACCAACGGACUGGAGGGGUGUAUUAGUGGGUGUGAGUUUCCUUUCCCUGUAUCCUCCCCUGGCGCCCCUCCCCUUCCUGAUGACUUGUGUGUGGUGUUUGUAGUGGAACUGGACAAGGGACCCUACGGGCUGGGCAUGGGACUCAUAGACGGCCUGCACACUCCUCUAAACGCUCCAGGCAUUUACAUCCGGACUCUGAUCCCUGACGGACCUGCUGCCUCCGACGGCAGACUGAGGAUCGGUGAUCGCAUCCUGGCUGUGAAUGGGACCAGCCUGAUAGGAGCAGACUACCAGAGCGCGGUGGAUCUGAUUCGUCUGGGAGGAGGUCGCCUACGUUUCCUGGUAGCCAAGUCCGACCCCGAUGUCUCAGAGAAGAUCAGUGCCUCCUCCUGCUGACCACCUCUGAGGUAGGACAGCGAGACGACAAGUGAUGCAGAUGUGUGCUGAGAUGAACAGGGUACACAGAAACACGCACUCCAUGCAUACAUAUGCGGCAUGAAAUAUGAAUGUGAAAAGGAGCGUCAGCACAGCACAAAGCCAAGCAAUCAAACUGGAGCUAACGCUCCAGGACUCCACUCCACAGCUGCCAGACCUGCUUCCCUCACGCUGACUCUUACUGGGUUUGUGUGACAGACAGAAUCUGUAACCCACCGCGACAUCAAAGGAAUGCGCUGCGAGGAAAGUUGCCUAAUUAAUCAGCGUUUGAGGUGGGCGAGGUCUAACCAGCCAGUAUGCAGUCUGACGUGGUUUAAAGCACAGUAGAUUGUAAGGUUUUAUUUCUCUCCUGUCAGCCUUUGGAGCAUGUGUGCACAUUGGAUUUUUUCCAACUGUUUUUAGAGUAAUUUGUAUUGUAUUAUCAGACAUAGUAGCACGGUAAAAUAGUUCCCCAGCUCUCAGAAAAAGGGACUUUCCAACGCUAAAGCGUUUGUAGACAAACAAGUGGAAACCGCCUCAGUGAACACUGGAUGUCUUACACUGCUUUUAGAGUGCAGUGUUUUAUAAACCUGUUUGUUAGCAGCUCCCAAAGCACCAUCACCAUCUGCUCAACAGACUAAACGAUUGGGUAUGAAUGUUGACUUUUGUACUGGAGAGCGGGUGAACGAGGCAGAGGAAGCAAACUCGUGAAUGUGAAGACAUACAGCCGAACUCCCCCAUUUUCACACUGAACCUCAUCACUGGACUUUACCUCCACUGGAAAGCAGAUGAACUCUUAUGCACAGGGGAUGUGCAGAUGUCGUUUAUUAAUUACCAAGAGAACGUGCUUCACUCCAGAGUUUGUGAUGCACAAUCCCUGUGUGUGUAUAAACCACGUUUUUGUUGUGAAUAUAUGCUGUAUUUAUCUGGUUAAAUCUGGUUAAGAGGUGUAAAUAGUUGUUUGUAAAUAUUUAACACUUGGUCACAUAUUAUUUGAAAAUUCAAAAGAGAAACUGCAUUUGGGAACUCCUCAAUCAUGAAAUGUAUUUGGUCAGUAAACACUGGAACCCACUGAUGGGGAAAAAAGACUGUUUUCUAGAAUGAGAGAAAUACAGUUAUGGGUUGUGCAUUUUUUCUAAAUUAUUAAUUUCAAGUCCGAUGAGCAGGAAUAUAACUGGAGUGCUGCAGACAUGCAACUUACUGUUCACACAGAUCGAUAGCUGCAUUUCUUUGGUGAAAAGGUCGCUACACUCAAAUUACCAAGAAAAAGUGGGGGUUUUGUUUUGUUUUUUUACACCUAGGGGAAUGUAGCCACAGUGGAUAGUUGUGUUUUUUGGUCUGAGAUUUCCGACUUCUGUAGAGGUGAAUGAGUUGUUCACAGCAUUGACAGAUUACUUUAAAACAUUCAACAGCAGUUGUCUUUCCAGACAUAGCGUGCCUGUUGCUCUGGAUAAUGGAUAAGAAGUGGUUCUCUGUGAGGUCUGUGAAUUAUCCAGAGUAACAGACAUUAUUUCCUGGAAGAUGUUGCUGACUAUUUUUUCCAAAGUAAUUUUUAAAUGCUGUGAGCACAAAACAACAAAAAUCUCAGAGGUAUAUCUACAAAUCUAGAGCAAAACCAAAACUAUCUGCAUUGCUAUAUACCAGAUAGAACGAACAUGUUUUUGUGUAAUUUGGCUGUACUGACUCUUUAAAAGGAGCUCCAGCUGGAACAAUAAC